GUUGGCAACACACUUCCAUGCGGCUUUUGUGGGCGUUCCGGACGACCAGAGUGUGCUAUCACUAUCACUGUGCCUGCGAAAGCCGCAACGACUUGGGACACCAAGUGCGCGUACCAGCACCAAUUCCGAUACAUGUCCGCCGAUGUCAGUUUGAAGAAUCAACCGUGCCGCAACCUACCAUUGAAGUGUGAACUCUGUCACCCUGUUCUCCCUCCAGCACCCGGCAAGACAACAAGAAAGACACCUAUUGUCCCAGUCAGUGCUGUUUGGCGCUACAAUAUGCAUGAGCACAUUUUACAGGAGCACGAGGAAUAUGUGGUACCGGGACAGAGAGAUGCUGGUUUAGCGCUGCCUGCGAAUGUUUGGAAGGAGAUGAGACUCACGGACUUGGAGCAGACCGCUUCACGCAUCCCGAAG